AUGCUUGCAGACGCCAGCCCUAUGAACGUGCCAGAAGAAUAUCGAGUGCAUAGAGUGGGGCAGUGGAUGCCCAAAGACCAUCGCGUUCACAAGGAAUGGCUCGACGGCAUUAUUGACCACGUUUACAACGAACCGCGGGAGUUGGUUCCUGUUUUGAAGGAGUUCAAGCAUAUGAUUGAAAACAACACACGUAUUUUCUUGCUUUUUUCUGAGAUGUUCAGUCAGAUUCCCAAAAAGAAGCCAUAUAUCAAUGAUCCAACCGGCCACCACCAAAUCAGGGACCACGAUCAUAUGCUGAAAGUCCUCAAUUAUAUUCUAACUACAGCUCCGAGUUGGAACGACAAGUCCCAUCGUGUUGGCCUAGUUGGCUUACCUAUCAACGCCAUCUUCGAUUGGCCGAUGGGCACAACAUCCGGCUUUGCAGUCUUCCUCGACCCCGACGUGAACCAGAUGCUCAAGAAAGUCCUCGACGUCUGGGGCCAAUUCCUCACAUCCGAAGAAUCAGCCUACGUGUUGGAUAACGCGGACUACGGCUGGUUUGGAGAAGAUGGUGUGAAAAGCCUUACUUCUGUUGGAAAUGCUGGUGAAUCAUCUCACAGGUUCGAAGACAUGUUUGAUUGUGAUCCAUCCAAGCCGCGCUUUGGAUUCAAGUCAUGGGACGAAUUCUUCACCCGCACCUUUCGCGAAGGUAUCCGGCCCGUCGCUAGUCCAGAAGAUGACAAUAUUAUUGCCAACUGCUGUGAGUCCCUUCCGUUCAAGGUAGCGAGUGACGUCAGAUUCCGCGACAAGUUCUGGCUAAAAGGACAGCCUUACUCCCUUUACGAUAUGCUUGCUCAAGAUGAACUGGCGGAGCAGUUUGUUGGUGGUACUGUCUACCAAGCCUUUCUCUCCGCGCUUAGCUAUCACCGCUGGCACUCACCAGUGAGCGGUAAGGUGGUUAAAUCCUACACUGUACAGGGGACGUACUUUUCUGAGCCCAUGUUCGAAGACUUCACGGAAAACAAAGGCGCAUCGAUGGAAGGCGAGACAAUUUCCCAGGGGUAUUUGACUGCAGUUGCAACACGAUCUAUUAUCUUCAUUGAGGCAGACAACCCGGCUAUUGGACUGAUGUGCUUUCUCGGGAUCGGUAUGGCAGAAGUCUCAACAUGCGAUACGACAGUCAGACAGGGCCAGCAUUUGAAGAAGGGUGACCAGCUGGGCAUGUUUCACUUUGGCGGUAGCACACAUUGUUUGUUGUUUGGGAAGGGUGUCCAAGUUGAAGGCUUUCCUAGUCCAGGCCAAAGAAAACACAACGUCCCUGUGCGGAGCAAGUUGGCCGUUGUGCAGGUAUAA